UUUGGAGGAGUACCCUACCAGGCGUAUUACCAACGAGCUCUCUCGGUCAAGUCACCCGACCACGCGCGCUACAUCUCUAUAGUUGCAGCUUUCGGAUGCGCAAUUAUUAGCAUCCCAGCAUACAUCUUGGGUGCCGUGGGCGCCAGUACAAACUGGACGUUGACAGACAUUAAUCUGAAUAAAACAGACCCAUAUGAGACACCCGGGAUCGUCCUCCCCGCUGUCAUCCAGUUCCUCACCCCGCCCUUUAUUGCUUUCCUCGGCCUGGAGGCCAUCGCAGCAGCAGUAAUGUCAUCCACCGACUCGUCCAUUCUCGCCUCGAGCUCGAUGUUCGUGAGGAACAUCUACAAGAACAUCUUCCGAACAUCGGCCUCUGAGAGAGAAAUGAUCUGGGUACUCCGGCUUGCGGUGAUUGUUGUUGCCGCUAUAGCUACCGUCAUGGCGUUGACUGUCGACUCCAUCUACGUCCUCGUCAUUCGUUGUGGAGAUUUCGUCUACGUCGUGCUCUUUCCGCAGUUAGUCUGCGUUAUCCACGUCGAGAAGUCCAACACCUACGGCUCAGCCGUGGCGUUCGUCCUCGGGCUUGCGCUCCGACUGGCAGGCGGCGAGCCCGCCCUCAAGCUUCCCGUCCUGUUACGUUACCCGUACUACGACGAGGAGCUCGGUCAGUUGUUUCCUUUCCGCACCCUGGCUGCCAUCGUGGCUUUCGUGUCGCUUGUCGUUGUCUCGUACAUCACCGACAUCGUCUUUAAGAAGGGUUAUCUUCCUAAGAAGUACGACGUCUUCAAGUGCGUGGUUAAUACUGAUGUCAAGCCGAGUAAGGAUGUCAUGGUCAAAAGCAUAUCCGGUGACAUGGAAGACAAGUCUGUAGAUGGUGUCAGCAUGACCGCCAUAUAGGUAUGGACAGGUCGAACUCACGAUGCAAGAUUCAACAUUCACUCAUUAUUCACUCAUUAUAAAAACGCGAUGGCAACUUCUUUCG